UGUCCACAGACGCAACGUCUUAUCAAAUGAAGACGUGAGCAGGCUGAUUGCGUUCAAUGACGAAAAUAGGUUUUGUAGUGCGCUCGCAAUGCGAGAUAGACUGGGGCUACAGUGUCAUAGAACGACAGUGGGUAGAUAUCUGCACAAGGAAGGCAUCCACAGAAGGAUACCGGCAGUGAAGCCAUUGCUCACUGAGGAUCAUAGAAGGAGAAGACUACAGUUCUGCCAGGAGAACCUGAAUAGGGACUGGAGCACCGUAGUCUUCUCCGAUGAAAAAUUUUUUUGUACUAAUACGGAUUACCGACCGCCGCUAUGGCGUCGGAACAACACUAGAUACGACCCAGCAAACAUAAUCCCCAACAGAACCACGGGUCGGACGACAAUGGGAUACUGGGGGUGGAUGACGGCGGAUGGACCAGGGGAUUUAGUUAGUAUAACUGACAGAAUGAACUCGCAACAAUAUGUGGACAUGUUAAAUAAUAGUUUUAUCCCAUCAUCCGGAUUUUCUAUCCACAAAGUAGAAUCACUUUUGUACAAGAUAAUUCCGCCGUUCAUACGUCACACAUGGUGCGAAAUUAUCUUGCACAAGAGGAUUACAAUGUCAUUGCCUGGCCAGCAAAAUCUCCAGACCUUAACCCAAUAGAAAACCUGUGGGGUAUAAUGGUCCAAAAGUGGAGCACUGGCGGACCGCUCCCCAAUAGGCGGGAUAAUCUCGACACCCAUUGUAGGCGGCUAUGGGAAUCCUUCCGGGGAACGGAUGUCUGCAAAAACUUGGUGGACAGCAUGCGCACUAGGAUGCAAUCCUGUAUAGACGCAGAAGGUCAUCCUAUCGCAUAUUGGUAAGAUAUUUUAUAUAGCGUAUUGUGUUUAUUAUAUAUCAUGCAUUAAAAUCGGCUCCGUACAAUGAUUGCUCGAAGUAUCGCAUAAACAUGGC